AUUGAUGGAUCACUUUAUUAUUACCUGAACUUUUUAUUAGAUGUGGUUAUUUUUGAAAAGUUCAGAAUAUGUUCAUUCCAGGAGUUAUAUUUCUUCUAACAUCAACAACUCUAGCAAAUCCUGUAUUUGAAAUUAUAGCCGAUGAUAAUAAUGAAGACGAAUAUGCCGGUUACAGAUUACCAUCCCACCAAAAUCCCAGUAAUUAUAAUUUAAUUAUAACUUUGAAUAAGGAAUUAUUUGACGGCACCAAUGUUCAGUUCAACGGUACUAUUGAAAUAACAUUUAGUGUCGAUAAAGAAGUUGAUUACGUACAAUUACACGCACCAAUGCAAAUUGACGAAAUAGAAAUUACUCCUGGAGAUUUAAAAGUGACUGAGACUACUUUGAAUGCAACCACAUCAAUUUUAACUAUACUUCUAAGUGAUUUUUUAUCCGCAAAUAUUGACUAUACAAUGAAAAUAGCUUACACUAACAACAUAGAAGAGAAAUCAAUGUUGGGACUAUAUAGAAGUAGCUAUGUGGAUGAGGAUGAUGUAACUCAUUACUUGUUGACGACACAAUUUGAACCUGUACAUGCUAGGCAAGCUUUUCCUUGCUUCGAUGAACCGAGUUACAAAGCGACUUUCACUAUUAGUUUGCUUUAUCCUAAGGAUCAAGGAUUGAAUGCUAUUGGUAAUACUCCUAUAGAUGGAAAACCAAUAAUUGAGAAUGACUAUGAAAGGGUAAUUUUUGAGGAAACCCCAAAGAUGUCGACUUACUUAAUAGCUUUCAUAGUUUCAAAAUACACUUGUACGCAAUCUCAGAAAAUAGAGCAAAGUUUACAACACUUAAUAUGCUCAAGACCCGAAUCGGAAACGACGAGAAUCUUAGCUUCCGAUUAUAGUACAAAAAUUCUCGAGGCACUUGGAACAUUCAUGGAUAUCAAGUAUUCUACAAUGUUGGUAAAAAAAAUGACACAAGCAGCGAUACCAGAUUUCAAUGCAGGAGCUAUGGAAAACUGGGGAUUGGUCACGUAUAGGGAGAGUUCGCUUUUGUAUGAUCGAGAUGAAUCUUCUGAUAUGUAUAAACAGGGCAUUUUGUUAACAAUUGCACAUGAAUUCACUCACCAAUGGUUUGGAGACUACGUGACGUGUGAUUGGUGGGACAACAUUUUUCUAAAUGAGGGAUUCGCCACAUAUUUCGAAUUCUUCAUUCUUUCACGCAUGGACAAUCUACUUACUAUGGAAACGGACAAACAAUUUAUUACAGGCACGCAGCAAUUGGCUUUACAGGAAGAUGGAACUGGCAAUUAUAAAGAAAUAACUGCCAAAGCAUCUUCUCCAGCAGAAAUAGCUGCGAAAUUUGAUAUAAUAGCUUAUAAUAAAGCUGGUAGUAUAAUUAGAAUGAUCGAGAACAUUAUAACAACUGAAAAGUUCCAAACUGCAAUGCAUAAUUAUCUUCAAUCCAAUGCUUUCUCUACUGCAUCACCAAAGGAUCUUCUAAGUGCCCUAGAAGAACAAGCACCUGUGUCAAAUUUACCAAGUGGUAUCACCUUCUCUGAAGUUAUGGAUAAUUGGUUCAAUAAACCAGGAUAUCCAUUAGUGACUGUAAGCUACGAUGGGGAGAAUGUUGUACUAAAACAGGAUAAAUUUUUAUAUUUGGGAGCCGACUCAACAACAAAAUGGAACAUACCAAUUACUUAUACAUUGAGUACAGAUGAGAUCAAAUUUGAAAAUGUUGUUCCGACAGAUUGGUUGACCACGAGCAGUUUAACUAUACCGUCUCUAUUGAAAGACAAUAAAGCAUGGAUUAUUUUGAAUAAUCAAGAAAGCGCGUAUUACAGGGUUAAUUAUAAUAAAGAUCUCUGGGAUAGGAUAGCUGCAGCGCUUAUGAAUAAUCACACUGAAAUUCACGUUCUAAAUAGGGCUCAAAUAGCAGACGAUUGCCUUAGUAUAGCAAGAGCAGGAUUACUCAAAUAUUCAGAAGCUAUAACUAUUCUCAAAUAUCUUACCAAAGAAAUGGAUUAUUACCCUUGGUCAUCAGCUUUGAAUGGGUUGAUUUUCCUUGUAGACAAGGCUGGAGAAGAUUCCGAACUAGGAGUCAUGAUUAAGAAUAAAAUACUGGAGCUGAUGGAAGGGGUUUACAAAACUAUGAGCUUCGGUAAUGAUAAUAGCGAGCAUAUUUAUAUCAUAAAAAGGAAUUUAAUAUUAAGAAAUGCCUGUAGAUUUGGACACGCUGAUUGUUCUUCAAACUCUGUCUCGCUGUUUCAGUCAUGGAAAAAUAAUGGAAUCAAAGUGGACAGAAAUCUUAAGAGCGUAGUCUAUUGCAACGGUUUGAGAUACAGUAACAACCCAGAGGAAGAUUGGAAUUUCUUGUGGGAAAAGCACAACAGUACAAAACUUUCUUCAGAACUAGAUCUAAUUGAAGAGGCUCUAGGAUGUGCUAAGAAUAUGAAUAUAUUGAAAAAGUACUUAGACUUAUCGCUUGACGAAUCGUCUGGUAUCCGCAACCAAAAUAUCCAAUCUAUUUGGAAUGGGAUUGUUCUCAGAAAUUCUUGGGGGCUACAAGCUGUAUUGGAGUAUUUGGCAGAGAAGCAUGAAAAAAUAAGACUUUCUUACCCAGAAGUACCAAGUUUAUUGGGAACUAUAGCUAACAAAAUAAGUAAUAGUGAGCAGCUUGAACAGUUCAAACAAAUUAUCCAAUCUGACGGAAUUGAUGAAUCUUACAAAGCUAUUGGCCAGAAGUUAAUCGCAUCUACAAUUCUCAAUUUGGGAUGGUUGGAAUCAAACAAAGACGAUUUAACGAACUUUCUUUCAGAUUACCAGGCUAGUAAAUCUCCAAGAUUGGUAACUUUGUCACCUAUAUUCUUGAUUACUUUCACUUCACUAAAAUUAUUUAUUUAAAUUAUAUUGUAAUUAUUUGAACAAAAUAUAUAAAAUUUCAUA